GUGAGCCAUGAGGGUCAUAACUGACAGUAACAGAUGAUGUCUCCAUUAUGAUACGUGGGAAGCGAGAGCAAACCCAAAAAAGACAAUGGGCUCUGCCAUCACUGUUGACAUAAGCCUGCACAAAAAGAAAAAGUCAAGAAAGUUUCCUUCCUUCUCCAGUUUGAUUUACUUCCCUCACCUCCUUUCUUCUGUAGUGUAAACUCUCCCCUUUCCUCGUUUGUUACCUACUUCCUGGAUAUUUCGAUUUUCUUCCCUUCUCCAGCAAGCAGGCAAUGGCAAAUCCUUUGUAUUUUCCCACUCUUCUCUUACUCCUUGCUGCUAUCUCUCAGGCUACUGCGGAGGAACCAGUCUCCAAGCUCAAACUCAACUCUAGGAUCCUUCAGGAUUCAAUAGUUCAAAAGGUCAAUGAAAAUCCCAAAGCUGGAUGGGAAGCUACAAUGAACCCUCAAUUUUCCAAUUAUUCUGUUGGAGAAUUUAAGUACCUUCUUGGAGUCAAACAAACACCCAGAAAGGAACUAAGAGGCGUUCCUCUUUUAAGGCAUCCAAAAUCCAUGAAAUUGCCAAUAGAAUUUGAUGCGAGAACUGCUUGGCCACAUUGUAGCACCAUCGGAAGAAUUCUAGAUCAGGGUCACUGUGGAUCCUGUUGGGCAUUUGGUGCUGUUGAAUCACUAUCUGAUCGUUUUUGCAUCCAUUAUGGCAUGAACCUCUCUCUAUCUGUCAAUGAUCUCUUAGCUUGCUGUGGCUGGAUGUGCGGCGCUGGUUGCGAUGGUGGUAGUCCAAUUGAUGCAUGGAGAUACUUUGUCCAAUCUGGUGUUGUCACUGAGGAGUGUGAUCCAUACUUUGAUGAUAUUGGCUGUUCUCACCCUGGUUGCGAACCAGGAUUUCCUACUCCAAAGUGUGAGAGAAAGUGUGCUGAUAAGAACAAACUCUGGGCGGAGUCAAAGCACUUCAGUGUUAAUGCAUAUAGAAUCGAUUCUGACCCCCACAGUAUUAUGGCAGAAGUUUCUAGCAACGGACCAGUAGAGGUUGCCUUCACUGUUUAUGAGGAUUUUGCUCAUUAUAAAUCAGGAGUUUACAAGCACAUAACAGGUGAUGCCAUGGGAGGCCAUGCUGUUAAGCUUAUUGGGUGGGGGACUUCUGAAGAUGGGGAGGAUUAUUGGCUUCUUGCUAAUCAGUGGAAUAGAGGCUGGGGUGAUGAUGGUUACUUUAAGAUUAAAAGAGGAACAAAUGAGUGCGGCAUUGAAGGGGCUGUUGUUGCUGGUUUGCCUUCCACCAGGAACCUCGUUAGAGAAGUUGCCAGCAUCGAUGGCCAUGAGCACGCUACGGCUUGAUGAUGGAUUAUCGUAUUCAAAUGUGAUGUAAUUUAUGUAUAAACCGUGUUUUAGCGAUAAAUUAUGCAUGAAGAGAGUUAUUGAAUAUGAUCUCAGCUACAUUAGGAUGCUUUUGUUAAAAAGGAUAAGAUUGAAUUUUAAAAAACAAAUUCUAAUAUUAAGUUAAUGUUUAAAAA